AUGAUGAGCAACAGUGGCAUUAUGCCUCAUCGAACGAAUAUGACAAAUAUCAAUCAAAUGGAUGGAGAUUCGGUUUCAGCAACUAUACCAACAACAGAACAAAAUACAAAUUCAACACGUAAUGCAGCCAAAAGACCAAAACAAGGUGAUGAUUCAUUUGAACUUGAACAUCGUGUGGUUAAUAUUCAUAACCAAUCUAUCACGGUUGAAUUAGGCACAUCUGAUAAUACCCGAAUUAUUUUAGAAGUUAAUGGUUAUGCCAAUAAAUUUAUUAUUCCACCAUUACCUAAUCUUUUGUUUAUUCGUGAUGCAUUUUCAGUUUUUGAAAAGCAUGUUUUUAUUUGGCAAAUGGCUAAAUCAGCACGACAAAAUGAGCUUCUUUUAUUGCAUACUGUCUUUCGAUUUCAUCCAUAUUUAUCAACUUCUGGUUUGAAUAUUGUCGAAUGGCAAACAAAGAAUGCUAAUGACGAAUAUCCAACAAUUGAAGGAGGUGCCGUUGCUUGUCUUGGUCAAGGUAUUUUACUUAUUGGUGAAGACAUUGCUGGUACAGGUCUUUUUCGUCAAAUAAUCGUUGUUAUUAUACCACCACACCGUGAUUAUAUGCAUUUGGAUACUAUUAUUAGUUCAGUUGGUAAACAUGCAUUUACAUUACACAGUCCAUUAACUGAAAUCAUGGAAAUAUUCACAGUUGAAACCCGAUGUGGUGAUCUCGAAAAUGGUAUUAUCAAUCAGAUGAUUCGAAAUAAUAUUUGUCAAGUUGGCCAAAUUCCUUCUCAAGGUUUAUUUGAGGGUGGUCGUGAUGCUCACUGUAUGACCAAUGCUGUUCGACGACGAGCUAAAUAG